AGUAGACGAAACGAGAAAGUGAGAUCGAGAGAGAGAGCACGAAGAGCCUUUUUCAUGUGAGGCACAUGCAAAAGAGACAGUCUUCAGCCAUAGAAGAGAGAAAGAGUGUGUGUUUCCCCUUCCCUUCUGAACUCUUGUUGUCAAAGUUUUGAAGGGAAAGGGGCGAUGGAGGAGAAAAAGCAACUCCAACUCCAAGAACUCUUGAGAAUUCCGAGAUUUGUGCAGCAAUGGUACCUUCUAAUCCUGCUCUUGAUGAUCUCUUCCACCGCUCGAGCUUUCGAUUACAGAGCUGCUCUGACAAAAUCUCUACUCUACUUCGAAUCUCAACGUUCGGGACGGUUACCUUACAACCAACGAGUCACCUGGCGAGACCAUUCUGGCCUCACCGACGGCUUAGAACAAGGAGUAGACUUGGUGGGAGGGUACUACGAUGCCGGCGAUCACGUCAAGUUCGGGCUUCCAAUGGCCUUCACAGUGACGAUUCUAUCAUGGACUGCCAUCGAAUACGGCGAACAGAUCGCCGCAGUUGGGGAGUACGAACACGCACUCGAAGCAAUCAAAUGGGGAACUGAUUAUCUUAUUAAAGCUCACACUCAUCCAAAUGUUUUGUGGGCCGAGGUAGGUGACGGAGACACCGAUCAUUACUGCUGGCAGAGACCAGAGGACAUGACAACUUCUCGACAAGCUUACAAGAUCGACGAGAACAACCCUGGUUCGGAUCUGGCAGGCGAAACAGCGGCUGCCAUGGCUGCCGCAUCCAUCGUUUUCAGGAAAUCCAAUACACAUUACUCUCACCUGCUUUUACAUCACGCCCAACAGUUAUUUGAGUUUGGAGACAAGUAUAGAGGGAAAUACGAUAGCAGUUUGGGAGUGGUGAAGAGUUAUUAUCCAUCAGUGAGCGGUUACAAAGACGAGUUGUUAUGGGCAGCUGUGUGGCUUUACAAGGCCACCGACAAGGUGGAUUACUUGAAAUACUUUAUCCACAACGCUCACAAUUUCGGUGGAAUCGGUUGGGCCAUGACCGAGUUCAGCUGGGACGUCAAGUAUGCUGGUGUUCAGAUUCUUGCUUCUAAGUUAUUGAUGGAAGGAAAUCUCAAGGAACACAAUCACAUACUUGAACUGUACCGAUCGAAAGCCGAACAUUAUUUAUGUGGAUGCCUUAACAAAAGCAACGAAGACAAUGUCGAACGAACUCCGGGAGGUCUCUUAUACGUCCGUCAAUGGAACAACAUGCAAUACGUAUCCACGGCGGCGUUCCUUCUCACUGUUUACUCAGACUACCUUCAUAACUCAAAUCAGAAGCUUCACUGCCAGAGAGGAGAGAUGGAGGCCCAAGAACUCAUCACCUUUGCCAAAGCCCAAGUAGAUUAUAUAUUGGGCUCCAAUCCAAUGGGUAUGAGCUACCUAGUUGGGCAUGGAUCAAAGUAUCCCAGUAGAGUACACCACAGGGGCUCAUCAAUGGUAUCAUAUAGAGAGAACAAAGGGUUCAUAGGGUGCACACAAGGGUACGAUAAUUGGUACGGCCGGGUCGAACCUAACCCGAAUGUCCUAGUAGGGGCCCUAGUUGGUGGGCCUGACUGCCAAGAUAAUUUUGGUGACCAAAGAAGCAAUUACAUGCAAACUGAGGCCUGCACUUACAAUACCGCUCCAUUGGUAGGAGUUUUUGCAAAGUUGCAUCAAUUAGAGAGGCAAAACAUCUCUUAUUCUUAUACUUCAUCUUUAAUUUCUUCUUUCUAGGAGACAAUUCCUGUAGAGCUGCUUUAGUGCUAGAAUCAAGGUUUUCUAGCCAAAUUU